CUGUGCAGAUUUCCUUAUGAUUGGAAUUGAAACAAGGGAAACCCAAUGCCUAAAGUUCAAGGCAGGGAAUCCUCAUUGAACACAAUCAGUGACUUGGAUCUGGAUGAGUUAGAAGUUGGCCUAGAUCAUGUCUCCAGGUGCAGCCUACUCUGGAAGCAUCUUCUCAACUGGAAAGCGGAAAAUGUAGCUAUAGAGCCAGAAAGCAAGAAGUCGGUCAUGGGUUCCACCACUGAGCCUAGGGAUGAUCUUGAAGGGAAGAAACUAGAGGAUGAGGUGAUUGGAACCAACUUAGUUGCCUUUCUUGGUCCCAAUAUUUGGGGUGAUGAUGGCAUCAAGUUGGAAUUGGAUGUGGAACUUAGUGCCCUCUUGGGAAUGGAAGAUGAGUCUGUGGAAGGGCAUCAGGCUGCUGCAUCAGCAAAUGCUGAGACUGAUACAGAGACCAGUUAUCCUACAGAUCCCUCAGUGGAUCCUGUGGUGUUGAAAGAUGAUUGUCCAAAUACAUUCGCCCUGGAUGCUGCUACAGAAGAAACCUGUAAACCCAGGCGUCUUCGUCGAAAUGUAAAUCGUAAGAGGAAGGCUGACCAAACUCUUACACCUCCAGGAAGUGAGUUUCCUUUUCAUAUCUAUAUGGAUUGUUCUGCAUCAACUCACCUGGCAAAACAGGCACUGUAG